CAGGAAUCAGACACCUCCAUCCAGCACUCGCAGGUAACUUCAGUCUGUCUCAGCAGCUGCUUGUGGACAAUCAGGUCUGGAAGUGCAUAAGCCAUGCAGCAAGUGUUAGGUAACCUGAUGGAGUUGCCAACCGCCACUAAGGCCAAUGACAUCGACCUCAUCUUCCUCAAAGGCAUCAUAGAAAGCCCUACUGUUUGCUCUCUCGCCAAGCUUCAUGAUCGUUUAGAAGACAUGAAGUUGGAAGCAGUGCAGGACAAUAAUGUUGUACUUGUGAGUGAGAUCCUUGGGGUAAUUCGGGGUCUGACUGUUAGAAACAACUGUGCUGCAGAAUUAUCACAAAUACUUCAACAACCUCACUUCCAGUCUCUCCUGGAGGCCCAUGACAUGGUGGCAUCAAAAAGCUACGAGGCUCUGCCCCCCAUCAAGCCAGCCGUCGAAGCAGCAGUCAACAAUGCAUUCAUGCAAGCUGAUGCUGUCAGAAUGAUCGGCAUCCGCAAGAAAGCAGGAGAACCUCUGGGAGUCACAUUCCGGGUAGAGAAGGACAACCUUGUGAUUGCUCGGAUUCUUUAUGGCGGAAUAAUUGACAGGCAGGGCCUACUCCAUGUAGGUGAUAUCAUAAAGGAAGUGAAUGGACAGGAAGUAGGUAACAAUCCUACAGAGCUACAGGACAUGCUGAAGGACUGCAGUGGAGGGAUCACACUUAAAAUCCUGCCGAGCUACGUAGACUCAGCAGUAACACCGCAGGUUUACCUGAAGCCACAUUUUGACUACGAUCCAGCCAGUGACAAUCUGAUUCCAUGCAGAGAGGCUGGACUCGCCUUCAAAAGGGGUGACAUUAUUCAGCUUGUCAACAGAGAGGACCAGAACUGGUGGCAGGCGCUUCACAUCAUAGGAGGGGUUACAGGGUUAAUUCCCAGUCAGUUUCUUGAGGAGAAAAGGAAAGCUUUUGUUCCAAAGGACUUGGAUAGAACAGGGAUCUUAUGUGGAACAGUGAAUGUUAAAAUGAAGAAAAAAAAGAUGUACCAAACUUCAAGGAAUGCAGAAUUUGACAGUCACGAGCUGCAGAUCUAUGAGGAGGUAACAUACAUGCCACCGUUCCAGAGGAAAACACUGAUUAUGAUCGGAGCGCAGGGAGUUGGGCGCCGUAGCCUGAAAACCCGUCUGCUGAUGCUGCAUCCUGAUCGCUACGGAACAACAACACCAUUUACAUCCCGAAGGCCUCGAGAGGACGAGCUCAGUGGUCAGACUUACCAGUUUGUAACACGGAUGGGGAUGGAGAUGGAUAUUAAAUUGGGAUGUUUCUUGGAGCAUGGCGAGUACGAUGGCAACCUGUAUGGCACCAAGAUAAGUUCUAUUCAUGAGGUGGUGGAAACUGGACGCACCUGCAUCCUAGACGUCAACCCUCAGACGCUGAAGGUUCUGAGAACAGCAGAGUUUAUGCCCUAUGUAGUGUUUAUAGCAGCUCCUGAGUUCGAGACACUUAAAGCUAUGCACCAAGCUGUCGUCGAUGCAGGAAUCACCACCAAACUGCUCACAGAUGAGGAUCUGAAGAAGAGAGUGGAUGAGAGCGCUCGCAUCCAGCAGACCUACAGACACUACUUUGACCUCAUCAUCGUGAACAACAACCUGGACACUGCAUUUAAAACUCUACAGGCCGUGCUGGACAAACUUAAUUCUGAACCACAGUGGGUUCCAGUCAGCUGGGUUUAUUAAAGGUGUGUGUGUGUGUGUGUGUGUGUGAGUGUGUGUGAGAGUGUGAGUGUGUGUGAGUGUGUGUGAGAGUGUGAGUGUGUGUGAGAGAGUUUUUGUGUUUUAUUUGUUGCUCUUCUUGUGUACUUGUGGUUUCUCCCCAACCUUCUGUGACCCCAUUGUGUUUAUACAGUGAUAAGGACUCUACUCCAACACAGAGGCUGGACAUCACUGAACACAUGUAGUUAUUUUACAUGGAAUAAUGUUGUGUCUGUCUUUAGAAGUUCAGUGAAAUGGUUGGUUUCAUGUUGUUCUUUAAUUUGAUCUUUUACAGGUUGUUUUGACUCUGACCUCCAGAAAUGUUACUUCCACAUUAUGUUUUUGUCCUGUGUCGAGACACACACACACAAACAUACACAUACACACACACACAAACACACACAUACACACACACAUACAGAGACACAAACACACACACACACACAAACACACACACACACACAGACACAAACACACAUAUAUACACACACACAGAGAGAUACACACACAGAGACACACACAGACACAAACACACACACACACACACCGACACACACACAUACAUACACUAUUACCAUCAAAUCGGAGGUACAGAAUCCCACAAUGCUCCUUUGUGCAUCAGGCGAUCCUUGAGCUAAAUAAAACACUUAAUUGUAAAUCAAGAGUAUUGUAAAUGUGCUGUGUUGUGUAGUGGGAUGUAGUAAGAGUGAGUUUGUGGAUUAAGUGAUGUUGUGUAAGAGAUGUUUGCUGCAAACAUAGAAAAUAUACUGUGAUGCAAGAAAGAUUUCAGACAUGUUCUGACAAUAAAGUAUUAUAUCAUAUAUCAUAUCAUACACACAAACACAC